CAGGCAUGCUCAUUUCGAAAGUGCACACCGACUAUGGCAAGGUGGAUGUGGCGGUGGGGCUGCUGGUACUUGGCAGGACUAAGUGUGCACGUCAACGCUGCCGUCUCUGUUGGGGGCUCCAUUCAAUCCACCCUCGCCUCGUUCCACCGCCCAUUCCUUGAGAUUCUCACGCCUCUGAACGGUCAAGUCGUCGAGUCGUCGGAAGUCGACAUCGAACUUGUCGUUCGCGACUACAUCAUGCCGAGUUCGUUCCGUACGUACAAGGUGUGCCUGGGAAUCCAUGAAAAUACAGCUAUAUCGAGCGACGGUGCUUCGGUUGGGGUGGUGGAGUUUUGCUUCGAUCAGACGAGCAGCAAGCAGUUCCACGUCCAGAACCUCUUGCCAGGUACGUCGUAUACGGUCCGCGUCGUCCUCGUGGACAAAGGCACCGUCAUCGCCGUGUCCAUGCGAACGUUCCGCGUCGCGGCCAUCGCGAUCCAAGGCCACACAGAAAACGUCACCAUCCUCACCGCGAUGCAGUACGCGCUGUCGUACCAAAACAACUUGGAUACGGACUCGGCAAUGCGAAUCUACGAGAGCAUCUUGGCGGAGGCCCCAGGUCAUGGCCACGCGCUGCAUCUGCUCGGUCUUGCCAAGUAUCAAAGGGGCGAUACAAUGGAGGCCAUCGAUUAUAUCGAGCAAGCGCUGCAGACAAAUGCCACCCAUGAAGAGUUCCACAACUCGCUCGGCCUUUGCCUCAAGGACAUCGGUCGCACGGCGGAAGCUGCCACGCACUUCGAGACUGCGAUGUCGCUGCGUCCGUCCUACAUCGAGCCACGAUUCAAUCUGGCAUCGAUUUGGCAGAGCACAGGCGAGUACGACCUCGCGAUUCCAGUGUUUCGGGCAAUGGCGGACAAGGUCCACAGCCAAACGCUGGCGCUCGAGUACGCUGCCCAGUUCGACGUGUUUGUGCGGUUAUGCGACAUUUACCUUGCUUCGAAGCAACAGAACAUGGCACUCGAGUGCCUCAACGAAGCACUAGUGCUGUGGCCGAACGAUCCCACCUUCCUCAACGAGCGAGGCAACCUCUACUUGAACGCGGGCUAUCUCGACUUGGCAGAGGCCGAUUACAAGAUCGCGGCCGACGCAGGCGUCCUCAUCUCCAUGCUGAAUCUGGCGAUUACGUUGGACGCCUCGGGCGACACUGACGAAAGCAUCAACUUAUACUCCAAGAUCCUGGCCGUAAGCGAAGCGCGAGGCUUACCAACCGGUCGGGUCUUGAUCAUGCGGGCCGGAGUAAUGCCUCGAGUCCUACCAGCAGAGGGCCAACUGGUCGACCUCGCCCGGCAAGCCAUGCGCCGUCGGUUGGACUCGAUGCUCGCGCAAGACAAUGUGACGGUCGACUCGAGGGACCCCAUUUUGAAUGCAUACCCUACGGGAAACUAUCUGGUGUCCCACCCGUACAACAACAAGCAGCUCAAGCGAUCGCUCGCUCAAAUGCUACAAAUGUACUGCCCCGCGUUGAAGACGGCAGCAUUCAUCCCGCCGCCGAGUCCUUCGAUUGCCACGGACCUUGGUGCGGUAUCGUCGACGCACUUGGAACUCACGUCGAUGAACUCGCUGCAGUCGGACGUCCUUCCUGAGCUGCGCAGACGGCCUCGCAUUGGUUUUGUCUCGGAAUUCUAUCAAACACAACCCAUCAGCCAUUGCAUGCACGAUCUUGUCGAGCGCCUGAACCGGUCCCAAUUCGAACUGUUUGUCUUUGCCGUGUCGACUCCGCAAUCGGCAAAGCUGCCAGCACUGACCGACGGGGUCGAGCACGUUAUCGGGCUGCCCGAAGGAGUAGGGCCAAGCGCUGACGAGAUUCGUCGGCACGACCUUGACGUGCUCGUUUACGCCGACGUCGGGUCGGACAAGCUGAGCUUCUUUUUGUCGUUUGCAAAUCUCGCCCCGAUCCAAGCAGCGUGGGGACUGGGGCACCCUGAAACAACGGGCGUCCCAGCCAUCGAUUACAUGGUGACGUCGGAAUACGAGCACUUGUCCUUUCACGAUCACUACACAGAGACGCCAUUUCCACUCAAGGGCAUGGGCAUCUACUUGAAGGAGCCACUGACGCCACACAUCUCCACGUACGCCAACUCGAGCCCCGACGACGUCCGUGCCACACUCACGCAAGCAUUUCACCUCCCGUCGGAGUAUCGAUUCUACUUUGUCCCUGAGCCUCUCGUGAACGUCCACCCCGACAUGGACUCGAUCGUUCGCCGCAUUUUAAAGCGCGAUCCCAUCGGCCACGUCUUUUUUCUCACGCCACCCAAGAAUUCCAAGUGGAAGCAUGCAUUUACAGAACGGAUCAAGCUCCAGCCAGGCCUCCCGGCCCAUCGCAUUCACCUCAUCAUCGACGCCCUCGACGAUAUCUCGACCUUUGCGCUCCUUCGCGCGUGCGAUGUCCACCUCGCCAACCUGUACACCAAUAAGUUCUACCACACCCUCGAGGCGUCGGCGGCGGGCGUCCCGACCAUUACGUUGCCCGGCGAGUUGUGGCGCAGUCGCAUUCCGCUUGGACUCCUCAAGCACAUCAAUGUCCUGGACACUGUCGCGACGACACCGGCCGAGUACGUUCAGCUAGCGGUGCGAGCGGCGUCGGAUCGAUCGUUUCGACAUCAAGUCGUUGGGAAGCUGCAAAAGUAUGCCCCGAAGCUGUACGGUGACGACGAAGCAGUUCAUGAGUGGGCACGGUUUCUUCAGUUUGCUGUCGACAAAAGCCGACGGAAGCGCAAAACGCACGCCAACCUCCGAGCCCUGCAAGACAACCCAACGCACUCGACCAACGGCCUGGCCCCACCCACGGCGAAGGAUGUCACGUUGUGACUUAUCUAAGCGUAGUCGAUCGAGUUGAGCUUUUCGAACGCCAACAUGAGCGCUUGCGUGCCCAAUUUUGGGCCAUUCGGCAGCGCCUAGAUGCGAAAACAAGCGUGAGAUGGUGGCGUUGGCUAGACUGAUCCAUGACGUACUUGGACGGCGAGGUAGAGCUGGUUUGCGAGAGCCAAGCCAGGCAGUGACAGGCCCAUGCUAGCAAAACACAAUUGAGGUCGAAUCGAAUGCAUGACCGAGA